AUGCAGCCAGAUAAUCCAGGCUCCGAGCCUAGUCGACUGAGGCUUCUUCUGGAGGAGGCCAAUCAGAAAAGUUCUUUGAAGGACCGACACAUUGCGAAACUGGAAAACGAGCUGGAGAUAAGUAGACUCGAGAACCAGCGACUGCACGCGAAACUGGGCCAUACGUCGGACAACGCGUCAAUGCCCGACCGGUCAGCUGUGACAGACGAGUUGCACACCGAUCGCAGCAUCGAAGACACCAGCACGCGGAUCUUUGACCGGGCCGACAUCGAGGAGCUGAAGCGACUUCAUUUGGCCAAAGACGAGUACGAGGAGCGCACCAAUGCACAGCAGCAGCAGGUGGACUCGCUCAAGGCAGAGCUGGCUGUGGUGUUUGAGGAAUUGGAGGCAGCACACGAGUAUAUCCAGAAUCUGCUCAAGAGGAACCAACAACCGUCGCCAACAGAGCCACAGGACUCGGUCUCUUCCGAGGACUACGAUUCCGAAGAGUCUGACCAUCAAAGACUCCACCACGCAAAACAAACGAUCCACGAGCUCGAUCUGUUCUACAAGGCCCAGUUGCUGGAGAACAGCGACACUUUGGAAAAGUACGAAAAGAGAAUCCACGAAUUGGAGUCCGCAAACGGUCUUGCCGAGGAGAACAAACUUCUACGGCGGUCGUUCGAGCUUCUGAGCGCAAAGUUUGUGGAAUUGAACCACGAACUCACUUUUUAUAAGGAAACCAACCUAGCAGACGACAAGCUGACGAAAUUGCAGGAACUGGUGAUCGAAAAGGAUAACCAGAUCGAGAUUCUGCGUAUGAAGCUGCUACAGUUCGCGGAAGCCCGAAAACACGCCUCCACCUAG